AUGGCUGCCCAAGUUCCUACAGAGGAGCUCAGCAAGCUCAGUGUGCAAGACGCCGCGGCCGUCAAGCCCGGCGCGGAUGCUCCGGAGCCGGCAAACGGCAAGGAGAACGAGAGCGACGACGAGGAGGAUGAGGCCGAGGAGGCUGCUGCCGCCCCUGAGUCCGGCGCUGGCGGUGCUAAGAAAAAGAAGAAGAAGAAGAACAAGAAAAAGAAGAAGAAGCCGACACAGCAGUCCGACCCCCCGCGGGUGCUCAUCUCACAUCUCUUCCCUGACGGCAAGUAUCCCGCGGGUGAGGAGGUUGAAUAUGUUAACGAGAACCGGUACCGCACGACGAGCGAGGAGAAGCGCUACUUGGACAACAUGCAGAGCGAGUUCCUGAAUGACUACCGGCAGGCAGCCGAAGUACACCGGCAGGUGCGCAAGUGGGCGCAGGGCUUCGUCAAGCCGGGCAAGUCGCUGAUCGAGAUCUCCGAGGGUAUCGAGGACUCGGUGCGCGCGCUGGUCGGCCACCCGGGCCUGGAGGAGGGGGAUGCGCUCAAGGCCGGCAUGGGUUUCCCCGUCGGCCUGAGCAUCAACCACUGCGCAGCGCACUACAACCCGAACUCGGGUAAUAAGAUUGUGCUGCAGCAGGACGAUGUGAUCAAGAUUGAUAUUGGUGUGCAUGUAAACGGGCGCAUCGUCGACAGCGCCUUCACGAUGGCGUGGAACGAUCAGUUCAACCCGCUGCUGGAGGCUGUCCGGGCGGCGACUAACGCGGGCAUCCGCGAGGCCGGCAUCGACGCGCGCGUCGGUGAGAUCGGCGGGGUGAUCCAGGAGGUGAUGGAGAGCUACGAAGUCGAGAUCAACGGCAAGACGUACCCAGUCAAGCCGAUUCGUAACCUCAACGGGCACAACAUCCUGCCAUACAGCAUCCACGGCACCAAGAGCGUGCCCAUCGUCAAGACACACGACCAGACUAAGAUGGAGGAGGGCGACGUGUUCGCCAUCGAGACCUUCGGCAGCACCGGUAAGGGCUACGUGAUCGAGUCCGGAGAGGUAUCGCACUACGCGCUGCGCGGAGAUGCUCCCAAGGUCGACCUCCGCCUGUCGUCGGCCAAGUCGCUGCUCAACGUUAUCAAGAGGCACUUCGGUACCCUGCCGUUCUGCCGCCGCUUCCUGGACCGCCUUGGCCAAGAGAAGUACCUGCUGGGGCUCAAUAACCUCGUCUCGAACGGCAUCGUCGAGGACUACCCGCCGCUGGUGGACGAGAAGGGCUCGUACACGGCCCAGUUUGAGCAUACUAUCCUCAUCCGGCCGACCGUGAAGGAGGUCAUCAGCCGUGGCGACGACUACUGA